CCUCACUAGAUUUAAAUUCUCCUCACGUGAAUAUAUGCGUCUCAAUUAGCGCAUGAGUGCUAAUAUAGCCUAGCUUAUAUUUUAGGGAAAGGAAAAGGUUGCCGGAGAUCAGUCUGUGUGUCUGCUUUUGGUCCAACUGCUGGCAGGUUCUCUCAUGGGAGGCAGCUGUGGUUGAGAUGCACCGCCGCAAGAUGAGACGGCCGUCGUGUUCGCCAUGACUGAGGUCAACGCUGUUUCCAAACACGGGAUUCAAGCAGGACGCAGACGCAGUGGAUAGGGCGCUUUUCGGGGACGCAUACGGGGGCGAGAUCCCGAGCAGAUCCCGGGACCCGGACCAGAGUUACAUGACAAGCAAAGUCCCCCUCGCGGCCACGGUUGCGGAGCUAGUUAAAGGAGAUAACAAGACUGUGGGGAUAUUGUCCCCUGUGAGACAAAUGGGGGGUGAGGGAACCCCAGUGAAAGGUAAACCCCUCUCUGCUGACAACAUGGAGAACACUCAGAUGGCUCUGAACAACAAGAACCCUAAGGAUGCAGGUGGGGAUGACAGCGUGAAGGGGGUGGUCCCCGAGGUCCUCGGCACAGCAUCUAUUGAACUCUCCGCCGAGGGAAAGUGGAGGAAUAUCAGGAAGACCCCCGCCAAUCCACACACACAGGCCAACUGCCUCAGGCAGAUUCUCCUCCUCCAACUGGACCUCAUUGAACAGCAGCAGCAGCAGCUGCAGUCCAAGGACAAGGAGAUAGAUGAGCUUAAAGUGGACAAGGAGACGCUUCUUGCGCGCAUCGAGCGCAUGGAGCGUCGCCUGCAGCUGACGAAGAAGGACCCGCCACGUGACAAACGCCUUUUCCAGCCCCUGGAGCCAUGGACCCCCGACAAGGAGGACAUGUGGGAUCUGGACGUCGAGGCGAGUCCGCAGCCCAACGCAGCCACUCCGCUCCAGUUUAGUCGGGGUGGAAAAGGUCAAAAGAGGAAAUCUUGCUUUGGAGAUGCUAAAAUGCAAAAAUCACGGGGCAAAAGCGCCAAGCUCAGUCCCCAGAAACACGAAAUUCAGCCCGGUUCUCCCAAUCAAAGAGAGCUCCGCAGUAAAGAAACCCCCGAGAAGACCUUUCCCAUGAGGUCGGGGUUAGAAAGGGACCUCAUGCUCCCGUGCAAAGAGGAGCCCGAGCUGAGCUGUCAGAUUGAAGACCUGCCCUUCAUGUCUACUACAGAGAUGUACCUCUGUUGCUGGAACCAGCCGCCUCUCUCGCCAUUGCGUGAGACUUCCCCUAAAAAGGAAGAAGAGGUGGCCAGUGAGUGGACUCCUCAUGUAGUACAUGAUAUGCUGAUUGUUUUUCCAUCUUGGAGGGAAAAUCCCAUUGAGCCUCUGGACGAGGACCCCUCCUUUAUCCCUCCUGAGCCGCUGGACGACAACGUGUUUUUGAAACGGCACUUGAAGCUGGAGUUGGACGAGAAGAGGAGGAAAAGGUGGGACAUCCAGCGAAUCAGAGAGCAGCGCAUGUUCCAGCGUCUGCAGCAGCGCAUGAACAGGAAGAAGGUCGUCCCGGAGACGGAGCCCGAGCUCUCGUCCUUCUACCCCGACACUGAAGACGUUGAAACGAUAGUGAUCACUCCCUUCUUGCCUGUGGUGGCAUUCGGCCGGCCGUUGCCCAAACUCUCACAACAGAACUUCGAGCUACCGUGGCUGGAUGACAGAAGUCGCUGUCGCAUCGAGGUUCCCAAAAAACACACUCCUCACCGGACCUGUCGGAAGUGAAACCCUGUUGUGUGAGAGAUAGCGGAGAGACGCCGCUCCAUGCCCGGAUUAGAAAAUACUAUAUUUGUCUGGUGUGGAGAAGAAGAGGAGGGUGGGGGGGGCUAUGUAUAACUGCUGUUGCUUUCAGUCUAAAGUCUUGCCGCUGACCUCCUGCAGAAUAUCACACACGCAUGGGAGAUAUAGCUUAACACCCCUGUGUUAUGUGCAUGUUUGGCAACAUGUUUAAAACUCAUUUUGUAGCGGCUGUGCCAUUAAGAAAAAUGCCAAUUUCAUCACGUAAAAGUGGAGGUUUCUGUCACCAUAUUUGAAUUUUUUUAUGCGGCUGAUGGGAGGAAGUGGACUCUAGUCUUGAGCGCGUAAUAAAAACAAGAAAACGUGGGUUUCCAUCUUGACUUGAAAGUAGAGCUCAAGCUGUUCGCCGCGAGCGACUUUGAGUUCUGGGUCGUCCUGCCGCGCUAAUCCUUCUUGCCGUGGAAGAAAACCAAUAUCUAAAUCUGACUGUCGUACUGUGUACCGCCUAUAUCACAUGAUUUAAAUAUCAAUGUUUGGUUUCCCCUGGAAAGUGUUGCGGGGGGGAGAGGGAAGUCUGGGUCGGCCUGCUUGGUCUGCUGCCACCGUGACCCGGCCCCAGAUCUAGCGGAUGAGGAAGGAUGGACGUUUGGUGUGAUAUCUGGAGGUUUGAGUCACACUCGGCAUGAUGAUGUCAUAAUCAAAUAAUCACAGUUCAAUGUGAGGGAAAGCCUUUUACAAAAAGCAGUCAAAUGAUUGUUCAGUGUUCCUGAUUUGCUUCAUGAAGACAGCACAGCUGAUGAGACAGAUGGUCAACCCAGUGCUCUGCUUCUUAUUGUUUUUUUGCUUUGAUUUUUUAAGUGAGUUGCAUGGACUCUAUUUUAGCCGUUUCUAAUAAAUAAAAACAUUUAAAACAUGGUAGCAUGGCUGCAAACAACAACCUACGGAAUGUGGCGCGACGUCGCGGCUGCUCUGCUCGCGCCGGAGCCAGCUGAUAAAGUUAUGCAGUUUUGAUCGUUAGUUUCGCUUCUACUAUAAUAUUAAGCAGGUUGUGUGUAUGCCUGUUUGCUCCAGGCGUACACGGGGAACCAUUGUAGAGGAGACAUAAGCGUUGCUGCUUUAGUUCUAUAGAUGUUCACCAGUUUGCUCUUCGACAUGCUGCCAGUUAAUCUCUCACUGCAGUUUCUUCUUCGCUCGACCUAACAAGAUGCAAUCGCUCUCUGCAGCUUCCGCUCUUCGACCGCAGGUUUUGGAAAUAGUUUUUUUUCUUCUUUCUUUCAUUUUUCUGUACAUAGCUUCCAGAAACAAAUGUACAUAAAACAUGGCUGUUAUUUUUUUAUUAUUUAAUGUUGCAAGUGUUGAGUACAUUCAAUAUUGUUCUAUGAUUGUAUGUUGACAAAUUGACAGUUUUGAAAGUUACAUUUUUUGGAAUAAAAUUAACAUGUCUACGAGA